CCACCUGGUGUCCUCCUAUUGCCUGACACUGGGAGGCGUGGGACUCCUCUGACUCCAGGUGGGCGUCCCUCAAGAAUGGAAAGGUGGAACUCCACCAAUCUAUUUAUAUUAUAAACAGCAUUUAAUGAGCAGCACUCAUAUAUGCCUGGGCACAAUAUAGAACUAUGAUAGCAACCGGAGGAGUCAUAACAGGACUGGCUGCCUUAAAAAGGCAAGACUCUGCCAGAUCUCAGCAACAUGUAAAUCUUGCUGGAGUACCAGUUCCUGAGGAGAAGAAACCCGUUAGACGCCGGCCCAGGACAGAUGUGGUAAUUGUCAGGGGCAAAAUCCGUCUCUAUUCUCCAUCGGGAUUCUUUCUUGUUUUGGGAGUGCUUAUCGCAUUCUUUGGAAUUGCAAUGGCCAUCCUUGGAUACUGGCCCCAGAAGGAACAGCUGUUAGGAUCUAAAGAUAAUCCGUCUGUAAAUGAAACCCGGACCCCGAGAAGCCAAGGAAGCAUUUUGCUCCGCUUCUUUGAACAGCAUGUGCACUCGGAUAAGAUGAAAAUGCUGGGCCCUUUCACUAUGGGCAUUGGAAUCUUCAUUUUUAUUUGUGCAAAUGCCAUUCUGCAUGAAAACCGUGACAAGGAAACAAAAAUAAUACACAUGAGAGACAUAUACUCCACCGUAAUAGACAUCCACACCCUGAGGAUCAGGGAACAAAAGCAGCUGAGUGGUGCCUUCACUGGCUUGUUGGGGGAAGCAGAACUCCGGCACAGUGGGAGCUCCUGUGCAUCACGGCUGGCUGCAAACACAGUUGCGCCUUUCUCUGGCUUCAAGAGUAAUCUUAGAAUGGAUAGUUCUGCUGAAGAAGAUGAGAUUACCCUAAAUGAAGAUAGGACCACUAGUAGUCUCCUGCCACCUCUGCUGGCUGAGCAGUCUGGUUCAGUCUUUGGACUUUACCCUCACUCCAGCAAGGCUUCAGAUGACAAAAACACUAACUCUAUAAAGUGUGAAACAAAAUCCAUUGUAUCUUCUUCCAUUAGUGCUUUCACACUGCCAGUAAUUAAACUGAAUAACUGUGUUAUCGAUGAACCCAGUAUAGACAACAUAAGUGAGGACUCAGAGAUCACCAGGAAUCAGUCUAGAAAUCUGUCAAUGGAUUCUCUGGCCAUUCCACUAACUGAUACCAAUGAAUCCUACAGACCAGCUGCUUCCAUGCUGCCACGACACAAUUCCUUUGUGGAUACUCCAUCUGAUCCCUUCAAAUCUUCCAUGACUCUUGGACCAAGCUCAGGAAAGCUUUUAUCUCCUGGUGCUGCCAGGAAGCAGUUUGGUUCCAACACAUCUUUGCAUCUUUUGUCUUCACAUUCUAAAUCCCUGGACUUGGACAGGGGUCCGUCUACGCUCACUGUCCAAGCUGAACAAAGGAAACACCCCAGCUGGCCCAGACUGGAUCGGAGCAACAGUAAAGGCUAUAUGAAACUAGAAAACAAGGAGGACCCAAUGGAUAGGUUACUUGUGCCACAAGCAGCAGUCAAGAAAGACUUUACUAAUAAGGAAAAGCUUCUUAUGAUAUCAAGAUCUCAUAAUAAUUUGAGUUUUGAACAUGAUGAGUUUUUGAGUAACAACCUGAAGCGAGGAACUUCUGAAACAAGAUUUUAAUAUUUAAAUUGCAAUUUAGAAGCUAGCAUAUGGUAUUUUUUAAAAAAGCAUUUUUCAGUGAGACUGUACAAGCCUGUUCUUAACCAAAUGCUUAAUAGCCCAUUAAAAGUGGCUUGUGCGAACAGAGAUCUUCGUCAUUGUAAUGCCAAGACUUUCUUGUCUUAGUAGCAUUCAGCUGCAAUACUGUACAUUGUCAUUGCUUGGACCAUUUUGUUACUACUGAUUCCAAUUAUUCCCAAGUCACUAUCUCUUUUGUUCUAUAUACGCAUGUUACUUUUCACCAAUUUGACUCCAGUAGACUGCAUUAGGAAAAAAAAGCUCAAUUUGCCUGUGAGUUCUCUUGAUUUAAAGACUGCAAGAGACUGAAAGCAGUGCUCCUGUGGUCUAUCCUGUGGUCUAGAAUGGGAAGUGAACAGGAGCACUUACUGGAAUUGUGAAAUCCAGAGCUUUAUUCCUAGGUGUUGUCUUUCACAUGCAGUACAUCUCAGUAACUGCAGUCUUGCCAUUGUCAUAGUGAGAAACUUGUUUACAUACUGGGGUGGGUGGAUAGAAAAGAGUGGAUAUAAUAAAACCAUUUUUGUGAAUUCACUGUAAUUGAUCAAGCUGAAUGCCAGUGUUGUGAAUUAUUAACUAUGCUUUGUACAGUAAUCUUUCUACAACCAUUGUAAUUUAAUCCUGUAUUUCUGGAAAAGCAUAUAUUAAGUAAGCAAUCUGAAUUUUUUUCUGGGACUAAAUCUCUAAACCACUUUGAUUGGCAGCAGUUUUAAAUUCAAAAUAGAAAGAUUCAAUUAAAAUCUUAGGAAGAUGAUGAAUGCCAACAGGAUUUUAGAAACAUGAUGUAUAAUAAGAUGAUAUUGUAACUUGCAUCAGAAGACAAUAAUGGGGAAUGAAUAUAUUGCCUCUCAUUUCAAACACAAGAUGCUAAAUAACUAGAUCUCUAUGUUCAAAAUACUGAUACAAAGCAUACAAUUCAAUAAGUAUACUAACAUAGUAUGAAAACCCCUUGCCUAAAUUUUGAUUUAUAUAUUUCACAUAAGUAUUGGUGUGAUGGUUUACCAAAGGCUUGGCUAUGUCAAUUUGCACUACAAGAUUUUGCAAAAGGAAUUGACAUUUAAAACAAUGUUUUUCUCAGCAAAGCAAGCUUCACAGUUGACAGUUGUAUUGUUAAAGAAAAGGAGCAUUGGAAUGUGCAUAUCAGAAGGUUUUCAUGUAUUUCAUUGCUGUUUAGGCCACAAUCCUGCCAUUACAGCCACGCUAGAGAAUGUCCCUUCAAAGCUGCAAGGCUCACCCAAACAGGGUGUUGGUCUUCAUUGGUCGGAUUUGAUAUAUUCACUUACCCUAAAUACUCAGGAAUUAUUUUUAAUGGCUUUUCCCAAAAAAAAAUCAAGCUCGUUGAAAUGUUGUAAUUUCUUAGACUUAGACUAUGAAAGAUCAAGGAUAAAAUACCUUCUUUUUUUUUUUUUUUUUUUUUAAUAUUCAGCUCUGUAUUUCAACUGCGCAGUGUUUAUGUAUCAGGAGCAUUACUUGCUCGGUGAGUUGAGGCAUAGUGUUAACUGUUAGAACCUCAAGCCUAUAUAUUGUAACAGAGUUGGCUAAAUAUUUUGCUAUGAAGCUUUUAAUAACUCACUGGUUUGUGUUCUUAAGACAUUUGCUAUUUUUUGCAAUAAAAUGUCUCUCUUCACA